AUGGCGGCGCUGAGCGGCGGCGGCGGCGGCGCGGAGCAGGGCCCCGCUCUCUUCAACGGGGACAUGGAUCCCGAGGCUGGCGCCGGCUCGGCGUCCGCCGCCGAGCCGGCCAUCCCCGAGGAGGUGUGGAAUAUCAAGCAAAUGAUUAAACUGACACAGGAACACAUAGAGGCCCUAUUGGACAAAUUUGGAGGAGAACAUAAUCCACCAUCAAUCUAUCUGGAGGCCUAUGAAGAGUACACCAGCAAGCUAGAUGCACUUCAACAGCGGGAACAACAAUUAUUAGAGUCCAUGGGGAAUGGAACUGAUUUUUCUGUUUCUAGCUCAGCUUCAACAGACACAGUUACAUCUUCUUCCUCUUCUAGCCUUUCAGUGGCACCUUCGUCUCUUGCAGUUUUUCAGAAUCCCACAGAUGUGUCAAGAAGCAACCCUAAGUCACCACAAAAACCUAUUGUUAGAGUCUUCCUGCCCAACAAACAGAGGACUGUGGUACCAGCAAGAUGUGGGGUGACAGUCCGAGACAGUCUAAAGAAGGCAUUGAUGAUGAGAGGCCUGAUCCCAGAAUGCUGUGCUGUAUACAGAAGACAGGAUGGAGAGAAGAAGCCUAUUGGCUGGGACACUGAUAUUUCCUGGCUUACUGGAGAAGAAUUGCAUGUAGAAGUUUUGGAGAAUGUUCCCCUAACGACACACAAUUUUGUGCGGAAGACAUUUUUCACUUUAGCAUUCUGUGACUUUUGUCGAAAGCUGCUUUUCCAAGGUUUCCGCUGUCAGACAUGUGGUUACAAAUUUCACCAACGCUGUAGUACAGAGGUGCCACUGAUGUGUGUGAAUUAUGACCAGCUUGAUUUGCUGUUUGUCUCCAAGUUCUUUGAACACCACCCAAUACCGCAGGAGGAGGCCUCCUUAGGAGAGACCACCCUUACGUCGGGAUCAUCCCCUUCAGCACCCCCCUCAGAUUCUAUUGGGCCCCCAAUUCUUACCAGUCCGUCGCCUUCAAAAUCCAUUCCAAUCCCACAGCCCUUUCGACCGGCAGAUGAGGAUCAUCGGAACCAGUUUGGGCAACGGGACCGGUCCUCAUCAGCUCCCAAUGUGCAUAUAAACACAAUAGAACCUGUCAAUAUUGAUGACUUGAUUAGAGACCAAGGGUUACGGGGUGAUGGAGGGUCAACUACAGGCUUGUCUGCCACCCCUCCUGCUUCCUUGCCUGGAUCUCUAACUAAUGUGAAAGCAUUACAAAAAUCUCCAGGACCUCAGCGUGAAAGAAAAUCUUCAUCAUCAUCUGAAGACAGGAAUAGAAUGAAAACACUUGGUCGACGGGACUCAAGUGAUGAUUGGGAGAUUCCAGAUGGGCAGAUUACAGUUGGACAAAGGAUAGGCUCUGGAUCAUUUGGAACAGUCUACAAGGGGAAAUGGCAUGGUGAUGUAGCUGUGAAAAUGUUGAAUGUGACAGCACCCACACCUCCGUUACAGGCCUUCAAAAAUGAAGUAGGAGUGCUCAGGAAAACACGACAUGUGAAUAUCCUACUCUUUAUGGGCUAUUCAACAAAGCCACAGUUGGCCAUUGUUACACAGUGGUGUGAAGGCUCCAGUUUAUAUCACCAUCUACAUAUCAUUGAGACCAAAUUUGAGAUGAUCAAGCUAAUAGAUAUUGCGCGGCAAACAGCACAAGGCAUGGAUUACUUACAUGCCAAGUCAAUCAUCCACAGAGACCUCAAGAGUAAUAAUAUAUUUCUUCAUGAAGACCUCACAGUAAAAAUAGGGGAUUUUGGUCUGGCUACAGUAAAAUCUCGGUGGAGUGGCUCUCAUCAGUUUGAACAGUUGUCUGGAUCUAUCUUGUGGAUGCAGCCUGAUGUCAUUAGAAUGCAGAUAAAACCCAUAUAGCUUUCAAUCAGAUGUUAUGCUUUUGGGAUUGUUCUCUAUGAGUUGAUGACGGGACAGUCCUACUCAAACAUCAACAACAGGGACCAGAUAAUUUUUAUGGUGGGGCGAGGAUACCUAUCUCCAGAUCUCAGUAAGGUGCGGAGUAAUUGUCCAAAAGCCAUGAAGAGGUUGAUGGCAGAGUGCCUGAAGAAGAAGAGAGAUGAGAGGCCACUUUUUCCCCAGAUUCUUGCCUCCAUUGAAACUUCUGGCCCGCUCAUUGCCAAAAUUCACCGCAGUGCAUCUGAACCCUCAUUGAAUCGGGCUGGCUUCCAAACGGAGGAUUUUAGUCUGUAUGCUUGUGCUUCUCCAAAAACGCCCAUCCAGGCAGGGGGAUAUGGAGAAUUUGCCGCCUUCAAGUAGCCACACCAUCAUGGCAGCAUCUACUCUUUAUUAUUUCUUAAGUCUUGUGUUCCUACAGUUUCUUAACAUCAAAACUCAGUUCUGUUCCUCAAAACCUUUUUUAAAGAUACAGAAAUUUCAGUGCAUAAGCUAGAGUGGAACAGAAUGAAAUUUCCCCUCCAACAAAGAGGGAAGACUAUUUUAGGAACCAGAACUCUGUGCUGCCAGUGUUUCUUCUUCAACACAGACACCACGUGCACUAACCACGCCUGCCCACUCCCUGGAGAGAGGAGAGACCGUGCGUUCUGACCUUUGGGGGUUCAGGCAGGAUGGGAAGGAACUGCUGCUACGGCUUGGGAGAUUGGCUAUGGAAAGUCUGCACAUCAACUUUUCUCCUUCUAACCACCUGGCCAAUAAAUAGCAGAUCAUCUGAUGGGGCAGUUCCAAUCACAAGAACCAUUCCUUCUUCUGUUCUGGGAUUUUGUUAUGGGGUUUUUUCCUCCUUUCCUGGUGUACCUUCUGAGAGCUGGAACAAAAAUGCAGUAUAGCCCUUUCGAUGUUACGUGUGUCCAAUAUUCAUUCAUAUUUUCAAAUUUAUCCCCCCAAAAAAAUCACUUUUAUUGGGAAGGGGUACAGGAACACUUCUCAGCUGAGUCAGGAGAAAAAGGGAAUACAGCAUAUUUUUUUCCAGGUCUGCUCUGGUAUCUCUUCUUUUAUUUCCUUUCCAAACUCGUGUGUGGCUCAUUGAGGGUGCCUUCUAAGCAGGCUGGAAUGUGUUCCCACACACUGGGUCUUUCUCAUUGGUCCAGCAACCAAAAAAUGCUUGUUUGUUAUUUAAUAUGCCAGGUCCUCAGUGUACUUCCAUUGAGACAAUAGAAUAAAUUUAUUUUUAAGAUCAGUCAAUCAACAAAUAUUUAUUGAGUGCCUGUUUUGUUCAAGGCACAAGAUACCACUGUGGUAUCUGAUUGCAAUUGAUAAAAAUUAUUUGAUAAAGGACAUGAUUGGUAAAUGGUUUUAUAAAUUGAAAAUUAAGGUACAUAUUUAACACUGAGUACCUUCCCAAUAUGGAUUAUUAAAUAAUGGAAAAUAAUUCUCAGGUUGAAUUGAGUCACAAUAAAAUAUAAUACCGUCCCCUGAAUUAGACAUUCUGAAAGUGGUAUUUGGGGUAUGGGAUGACUUUUUUAAGAAGGGGAAAAGAGGUGAGGAUUUUUAUCACCUUAUAUGUCCUCUAAUAAGUUUGUAUACUUAUGGGGAAGCUUGUCAUAAUGACAAGUAUUUACAUCAUUUUUAUUAAUGGUUCUGGCUGGAUCCACACUAAUACCUUGUUUUAUUUCUUCCUACUCUCUUUUGCUCUGCCCAGUUUUCCCCUUUAUCUAGUUUGCAACCUAAAAUAAAAAUGGUGGUGUGUGCAUUAAUUUUCCUUCUUCCUUUCUUCUCAAGCCUGGUCUUCAAAAGGUUGGUAACUAAGUUUCUCAGGGAGCGUAUAGAGUCACAAAUGAAGCUGAGAGGAAUUGCAGGAGGAUGUUUUGAUGUGCUCAGUGUGCAGAAUUUUGAUGCUAGAUAUCAGUUAUUUGUUGGAAAUAGAUGCUAAUUGGGUUAGAGAUACCUUUAAAGAUUAUUACCCUAUCUUAGCAUAAAGCAGAGAUGUUACCCACUCACAGCAUCUUUCAUUGUUUUACUGAAGGUGAACACUAAUCAUAAUAGCAGUAAAGAAAGUAAUUGUGUAUGAAUGGUCAGGUUAAAUUUCCCCCUAAUGAUAACAGAAUCAUUCACUUGGGUGUAGGAAAGAAAAUCAGUUGUGCAGUAGGCUUAACCAGCAAAACAUGAGAGGCCAAGGACCUGCGUGAAAUUGGGCAGAGCCUAAAAUAAAUCAGGGAACAAGAAAAUAAUACUUUUAUUUCAAAGUAUGGCUUAUUGCACUGCUCCUAUACUCCUAGCUACUUAAGCUCACUGCCAUGUGAUGCAUUUUUCUUUAAAUAUUUCUAAAUCUAGGGUAGCCAGCUGGAAGUUUUAUGGAGUGGUCAAAAUUUGCCACUCGCAAAGCAGGUAAAACUCCAAAUGUUCAGGAAUGAGUAAUCAGUUUGAAAAGAAAUAUUCUUAAUUAUUCCUAUAAGUAUGAACAAAGAUAUGUGAUAUAGAAAUGGCUGAGACUGAGAAUGAUUCUAACUGGCAUGUUUCUUGUGUGUGUGCUGUAUCCUCUGUCCUUCAAAUGUUGUGUCUGCUUUGGUUUUUAUUUUUAAUAUGUAAGCUUUGUCCCCACAGAUGCUGUAUAUGGUUAUUUUUCAUUAUCAUACAGUUUCUUUCCCGAGGUGAAAGUGAGCAACAGUCAGUUUAUUCAGUGCUCCUUUGAAAUAACUAGAACCUGCUGGAGUGAUGCUGAAUCAAGGACUACCUCAGCAAAUACAUGUAGGGAAAGGAGCUGUUUAUGGAAGAAGCUUUAGAAAGUCAUGUUUGAGAUUGUACACACUUCAGAGAUGCUGCUUUUUACCUCCCCUUCAUUGGGUUGCCAUCUUAUUUGAAAAGAAAAAGCGAACUUGACUUGUAUAGGCUGGCUUUAAAAUGAACAUGAGUCCAGAGUCCAAAGCUCAGGGUAUUGUGGAGUGAUUUCAGGUCACUUUUUUUUAAUCCCUUUUUUCACUUCCAUUUAAUUUUUUUUUAACACAACUGUUCCUUUUCCACUUCUUUCACUCAACCUUAAAAAGGGUUUCCUUUGCUUUUCUUUCGCUUUAUUAUUAGAUGUUUCAGAUUCUAAAUAGACUAGAACCCUUAAGUUCCUAAGAAAAUUGCAAGGAAACAGUCCUUGUUUGUGCAAAGCACUUUAUGAACAAUGCAAUGUAAUAUGCACAUUAUGUAGCUGCUUUAUUAAUGAUCUUUUAAGGUUGUGAUUCUACUGCCUUAUUAGUUUGCUUUUCUUAUGGUGGCUGCAGUGCCUUCGUUUUAUUUUUGGUAAUGAUAGGUGAAUAAAAGUUAAAACCUUUUGAAAAACUGGGAACAACUGCAAAAGAUUCAGUUUUAGGCUUGAUGUUCUGAUUCAUUGAUUCUUCAGUAUCCUGAACGUUUACCACAAAAAUAAUAUUUAUCAGGAGAUUAAUGUCAUGAGGUAUUAUGAAAAAAGAGGAAAAAAAAAACCAAGUGAUCAUCUGUACUGCAUCCCCUUAUGUAAAGGGGCUAGGUGUGGAACUGGUAAGCAAAUUAGAUGUCAAAUACUGUUUCCUAAAAAUUCUAUUACUGCUUUUAUCAAGAACCUGUCAGCAAAUGUUAUUGUGACUUAGAGCACAGGGACUCAUAGCAACAAUAUUUUUUACAUUUACAUUGAGAUUUUGGAAGAAAAUCAUAGUGCCAUGUAACUUUAAAAAUAAUACAGCAGCCUCAGUAGUGUGUUCUUCCUGAAACCCUGGAAAUAUUCCCCCAGCUCAAUCUGGGCACCCACAAGUAGGACACAGCACUUUCUUUUUCACACAUUUCAAAAAACUACUGUUGUAGGUCCCUUUGCAGAUCAUAUUCUGUUUCCAUGUGUAUAUUUUCAUCUCAGUGCUUGAUGCUAACAGGAUAUCCCAUAAAUGGAUCAGAUGAAUAAAAGAUAACAUCUCUAGCUUGGAGUAUGUUGAUAUUCUCAAUAAAUUCAUCAAUGUGUUCAUUCAGAUGAUCCCUUUACCCUUGUGAAAUAGGAAUUGUUUCAGAUACACGAGGCCUAGGACUCACAUGAAUAAAGUGAAGAUUUCAUUUUUAUGUGAAGGUGUAUAUCCCAAAGGGCAGAUAGUACACACUUUUGCACUUGAAAAGAUGUGGAAAUGUCAUUUUCAUUGAAAAUGGUGCAAGAAAGGCACCAAGGAAGGCCUGAUCUGUUUGGGUGCUGCAUUUUGAUGCACUUAACCUGUUAAGUCUAUUGUAUGAAGGGGAAGGAAAAAGGGAAGGGGAAAAGCAUUUUUUAAGCACCUACUAUGUGACAGGCACUGUGCUAAUAAGCUUUUUACAGAUAUUAUAAAAUAGAUGGUGUGGCACUACGUUAACACUGAUUUGAUUUCAGGAAGAUGGCUUGCUAGAAGCACAUAUUCUGUUAGCUUCAGUUAAGUGUCUUGAAACUGUCAUAUGUACAGAAAAAAAAAAAUUAAAUCUUUAUCAGAUAUUUCACUAGCUUUUUCCCCAGGCAAGCCCACUGAGCCAUGAGAGCAGAUUUUACAAACAUUUUGGAAAACAACCUUAUUUUUCCAAGUUGCCAUUUUAGCAGCUAGCAAGUCAGCACCUUGAGAAUUGACAAAUGGGCAUGUAUGGCAAUAGGAGACUUUAAAAAGAAAAACUAGCUAGAGAUGCAAAAGGAGCAAAGGCAGACUAGCCAAUGACAAAUAAUGUGCUCCUUGCUGUUGAACAAAAACCUCCAUUCAAGGCCCUAAGAUGACACUGUGCAUGUGAGGCUCAAGUAGUUACCUUUACGAUUUGCCAAAUGAUCUCACUGUGCCUUUGUGAUGCAAUAAAAGCUAAAAUAUAGCAAAAAUAGUCUUUCAUGAGAGCAGUGACUUUGGUUUGAAUUGCUGUUGUUGUUAUUUGGAUAAAGCAGCAUAGACAUCAUCCCCUGUCCCCCUCCAAAAAAAAGUAUCUUCUUUAGAUUUUGUAACCUAAACCAGAGAUUAAAAUGAGAGAGCCCACUAAUGAAUUUUUGCAUACAAAAAAAAAAGUUGGGUUUUUAAAUUUUUUAAAUAGAGCCAUUAGAUUAAAAGUAGAAUUGCAGUGUUUUUGGAGAAAUUAUUUCUAUUCCCUUUCCUUCAGCCACUAAAGCAUGAAUGUUUUGCACACUAGAAAUGUUGGGCGGAUGUUUAGGGAAAAAUGAAAUUAGUUAAAGAUUCUCUAUACUUGGUGAGCAUAUGUGUGAACUUUCUGCAGAUAGUCUUUGUGAGAAGUGAAAAAUUGUAAUAUGGGACAGCAUUUUAACACCAACUGUUUCUAGACUACUGCAGUUGGUAUGAUAUUCCACCCAAUGUCUAAAUUUUGUAAAGCCACCUAGUCUGUACUACCAGGUGAAGAGCUCCCUCUUGGGAUUCCACCUUCUUAGGACUUUGCAAACUAGAUAGGACUGUGUUACUAACACUGUUUGUAUAAUCUGUGAGAGCCAAAUCAGAAGGGACUUUCUAUAUGAACAGAAGAUCCUGCUUUCCCAGGAGAAUGUUGGCAGUAUACUGAAAAAGCAAUGGCCUUUGACAGGUGAAUAGAAUUGGGCAACAUGGUUUAGCUUCUUAUACUUUCUUCCCCCUUUCUGCUCAAAUUCUUCUUCCCUUCUCCCACCUGCCCCUCAAAAAGUCUACAACAUACUACUUAGUUAUUGGGUUCUUCAGUAGAACGCCUUCUUGACACUUUUUAUAUAUAAUGGUAGCCUGUCUGAUUUUACCAGCAAUGGCAUAUACCUUCACUAGAGUAUGGCAAGUCCAUUGUGUUCAUUUUCUCAUUUCUAGCUUCACUACAAUUUUAAAUACUGAUGUAGUUUGUGAUGUAUCAGCAUCUAAGAAGGUAAUCUUUAUUCUUUUCCUCUUCAGAUGUAUGUCCCUACCAGAUUCCAGCCCACGCAUGCACAGGUGUGCACACAUGCACAUACACACAAAAACACAAUUUUGGCAGAGACAAAUUUAGUCUAGAAUGAUAUCAGUCAUAGUAAAAAGCAAUAACAGUUCCUAUAAAGAGUAUUGAAGAAGGUAAGCAGGACAGAGAUUUAGCUUUGAGUUCUUAAAUCAGGAUUGCAGUGAUUUUUUUUUAAUCAUGGGUAGCUAUGUCUUUGAAUUCAUCCCCACCUCAGCAGAGCCUUUUUCUAAAUGCACAACUGUUACAAUGGUCAGUUUAGGUCUGCUUUUUGUAUUGUUUUUAGUUGUUGGUUAAAUAAAAUGGUUUGUGGGGUUGUUUUUUUUAAAACUCUCUUUGACUAUCGUAAUGGUCAAACCAGUUGUGCCUGUAGAUACAUCCAAGUGUGUUUCUUUUUUUUUGUGAUGUUGGGUGUGAUCUUUUUUGUUUCAUGUGUGUUUUAUUUCUUUUAAAGAAAUAACUUUUUGUAGUAGAAGUACCCUUUGCCAAUAAAUAAUGAAAUAUUUGUAUUUACUGUCAAGAGAGAGAUUUGUUCCAACCAUCUGAUCACCUUGGCAGGCUAGACACCUUGUCCAGUCCCCAUUGCCUGUCUAAUCUGUUUCAACAAUAGUUUAAGAGAAUCGGGCAUGAAAUUUGCUUCUGAAAUAAGAGGAAAACAAAGCAAAGGAAUGAGCAUCUUUCCUUUUUUUUAUUGAGGGAGGGGUACAGUUAGGGUUGGGGUACUUUGACUAAUAUUCUGUGUUGCAUUUGUAUAUGUUAAACCCUGGUUGAAUACUGUGUGUGUGUGUGUGUGUGUGUGUGUGUGUGUGAGAGAGAGAGAGAGACAGAGAGACUUAGGAGGAAAUUUCAGGAUAGCUGAAGCAUUGAAAUUCAAUCUGGGCACAAAUGUGUGGAAAAUGGACCAAACUUGGGUGGUGAGUAUUUAGGGGGAGUGGGGAGGGAAUAAUUACAGGAACAAGGGAGAUGGUAAUAAGGGUGGGAAAUAAAUUAUAAUUAUCUGAAAUGAAAUGUAAGAGUGCAAUAAAUGUGCUUUUUAUUCAAAGCUGUGAAGUUUUUAAAAAGUCCUACAAAACACAUCAUUCCUUCCUAAUCCUUUUGUGUGCUCCUUAACUGAUUGAAACCAGCUAUUUAAACUUAAGCCUUUUUGUUCUUGUUCACUUCUAACAAAUGUCCAACCUCCAUGUCUUAUCAUUUUCAUGUUUUAUCAUUAGUUUACAUACUUGUACAUACAUAAGCUAUGUUCUUACAUGAUUUGAAAACAUAUUAGGUCCUCAGUGUAUCCUUUUGUUCUACCAUGUAAUAUGACCUGAUGAUCAGACUUGGUCUCCAUUAACCCCAUGUAGAUUUGAAGGAUUAAAUCUCAGUGGUGUGUGUAUGUGAUGAUCUCAUGUGUCAGUUUGCACACUUUGUCUUUCCUUUCUUUGACUCCCCCUCCCCACAGUCCCCCUCCUCCCAACUGAGCUGAUUCUCCAAAAGCGUACAACUGAUCUUUUCCCCAUGUGGGGAAUUCAGUUCCACUGUUCUGCUGACACAUUUCCCUUGGUGUGUCACACUCGGUAGUUUAGCUAAAAAGAUAUUUGUGGUUAUUAUUUGGUUUGAAUAGUGUGCAAGAGAAAGCUUCCUUUGUCCUCCCUUUGUCGUACACAUCCUGGAUUGAAGACAGCUCCAAUAGGGGGAAGAAGGGGAAAAUCUUCAUUUAAAUGACCUUCCCACCCUAUCACUCUAAAUUAUGUAGUAAUAUAUGAAAGCCUUCCUCUCCACUGUGUUACUGCCAAAGUUUGGAGAGGGUCCCAUAGAGUUUGUGGUAUAUAGGCAGUGAAAAUUUGGGGUCUUUUCAUAAUUGUCCAUAGGUAUCGAUUAUCUGCUUUUGCAGAAAUCACAAGUAAUUUUAUUUAACUUUUUUUCAAGUCAUAAAAAACUCAGAUUGGUGACAUUCCCCUCCUGUCCUCUUGUCCAUGGAGUGAUUGCUUGUUCAAAUUACUUUUCUUCAGUUCCCACUCCCUUUUCUUAUAUCCGGGUCCCCUUUCCUACUCAGGUCCCUUCAUUUGUACCUUGGAGUUUUUUCUCAUGUAAAUUUAAACAAUGGGAAAUACUGUUCAGUUGGCUAGAGAGCAUGGAGAUUUAAAACAACAAAACAACUGAAAUUCAGAUUGAGGAAAAUUAUUUCUGUGUAAAGUUAUUUAAAGAACUCUGUAUUAUAUAAAAGGCAAAAAGUUCUAUGUACUUGAUGUGAAUAUGAGAAUAUUGCUAUAAUAAAGAUUGACUGCAUGGA